AGGUGGAUGGGGAGGCCUGGGUCCAGCCUCCUGGCAUCGUCCAGAUCUCUCACAAGAACCGAGCUCAGAUGCUCACCAGGGACCGGGCGUUUGAGAGCACGCUGAAGUCUUGGGAGGACAAGAGGAAGGUGGACAGCUCGUCCCGACCGCGCCUCAACUCUCAGCAGUCCAUGGAGUACCUGACGGAGGAGGAGGGUGCUCAGGUGCAGCAGCUGGGCAUGGUGGCUGACUCCCUCAUCAGCAGGAUUCGUGAGGCAGCUAAGAGCCACAAGCUGGUGGAGCAGGAGUUAGCUCACGCUGUGAACGCCACCGCCCUGGUCCUCACGGAGGCCUUCCCUUCCAAACCUUCCAGCCCAGAGUGUCUGAGUCGCAGCACGGCGGUGGAGAUGGUGAACAGCAGCAAGGUUCUACAGGCAGAGACCAGGGUGCUGCUGGAGGGGAAACUGCUGUCUGACUCCCCAGAGGAGGAGGGGCUUCUGGCCACGCUCAACAGUCUGAGCUCGGAGCUUCACAAGCUGGAAGACAUCCACUGGAUCUGUCCCAGCAUGCACUGCUCUGCCGAGGAGUCCGAGGAGGUGAGGGUGAGUGGGAAGACCAGUAUAAAACUAAAGAUAAUGCCCAAGGUCAAGAAGGAGAGAGAGAAGCUCCACAAGCAGAAAUCCAACAGCUCUCUGUCGGGAGCUUGGGGGACGUGCGAGAUGGAACCUUCAGCCAAUUAAGGACACUUUACGGGCAGCUUUAACGACCCGUCACCAUCGGCAACCAGGGAUGAUGGUGACGGGUGUGUGGAGGGGGGCAGGGGGUUGGGGAGACACCCUCCGCCCCUCCACCCCUCUUUCCCCCCUACAGAGGAGUGAACAGCCCCCCCCCCCCCCUUCGAGGUCUGAGAGGUUGUUUUGUCGCCCUGUGAUGGGGGCUUUGCCAGUUGGAGCAGCCAAUCGGGGGACGUCGGAGGGGGAAAGAAAUUGUGGUAUCCUGGCAACUGUUGUUUUUGUGUUUACCUGCUGGUCUCCUUUGUGAGAACAAGGAUUUCGUUAUUAUUAUUAUCAUUAUCUUAGCUACAGAUAGUUUUUCUUCACUUAUUCGAUCCCUUUUCCUUGUUUUUUCUCUCUUUCUACUUUGUGUUCUGUACCUAUUAACGGCCUUGGGAUACUCGCUGGAAAAUAUCGUUUUACUUGAUAACAUUUGAAGUUUCGAAACUAACUCUUGAAAUGUUAGUGUAUUGCCAUAUGAACAACAAAACAACAGCAAAAAAAAGAGAAUCAUAAACAAACGUAAACAAGAUACGUGACAUCACUGUCGUCACCUAGGAAACUGGAGAACUCUACGUUUAUGAUAAUAUGUGCAAAAAAAUAUUAUUGAACAUGUUCAUGAAUGUACCUAUGUGGACUGUACUUCCUCUGAUGUGAAUAUUAAUAUGUUUCCAAUAACAAUGGUUCUGUUGUGGUUCUAACAUGGUUCUAAUGUGUGGUUCUAAAGUGGUUCUCAAUUGGCCUUGGUUCUGUGAGGCUUCCCAGCCACAGUAUGUGUCAACAAAGCCAAUAUUAUACUGUAGAUGUUUGUUCAGUGUGUACCUGCAUGGCUUCCAUACUUAUCAUCUGGAAGAGUAGUGGGGCUUUCCUGCCCAGAAGCUAGUCCCCUAUUGGUCCACACCUGAGCUCUACCAAUGGAGAGUUGUGGCAAGCAAAUACUUCCUGGUAGAGUAGAAACCUUUUCAAACCCACAUUGCUAGGCAACAACCAGACAGGAAGUAGUGGUCCCUAGGAAGUCCCAGGUUAGUGAUCCGAGGCAGAAGGAUCCUCCAGUUUUGAAUGGAAAUGGAAAAAAAAGAUGUUGCCUCUCCUGAAACCAGUUAGUGUUAGCGUCUGUGCUCAGACUGAUCAUUUGAGGUAGCCUUUGCCCUCCCUAGCUGUGUAGAGUAAUAAGAACUGCCCUAAGGUCUGCUGUGUGUGUGUGUGUGUGUUUCUCUGGUAAAUUAGUGCUAAAAUAUAGUGUGCCAGAUAGCCAGCUAGCCUUUACGCUAGCUAGCCUUACCUAAACGCUUGAGUGUUCUUUAUUUGUGACACGUUUGCUCAGUGGUUUUUAAAUAUGACGUACCGGGAUGUGUGUGUGCGUGUGUGUGUGAGAGAGAGAGCGUGCGUGUGACAUUUCAAAAGCGUUUACUGUCUUGCCUUGCACUUUACAAGAAGCUAACUUAACAAAACGUGUAAAGUUACUUGACAAAGUGUUUUGGUUAUUGAUUUGACAACAGCCACUUCUCAUAUUUAUUGCAAAUGUAUAGAGAUGUGCUAUCGUGUAGGCUAAUAUAUAAAUAUAUACACCUAAACCAAACAUAAAAUGUUAAAUAUAUCUAUAUACAGUAUCACAUAUAUACUGUAUCCAGUAUAAACAGUUGUUUAUUUUUCAAAGGGGUUUGCGGUACAGAAGCUUUUUUUUCCUAUCGUGAUGAACUCGCCCAACGUUAUUUCCCAAACGUCACUGCAAUGUCAUCACAACCUCCAACGUCAGGAAAUAACAAUACGUUGAUGCCGAAGUACUGGACACUGAACACACACACACACACACACGUACUUGCCACGCGCCCUAAAGCGAUACGAAGACGAAGCAACGCGGAUUGAAGCGCCACGAGAAAACAGACACGCAGGUGUUCAUAAAGCUGUGAUUGUCGAGGCUCACCCUCAUCACCCUCCCCCUUUUUAAUGGUGAAUUUGUGGAAGCAACUCACUUGGACUGUUGAACGCACCCCUGUGCUGGCCUGACCUGCAGCAAGCUGACAGAGCUGGACUAAGUGUUGCACGCAUUCUUGUUUUCAAAGAUGAUGUUCAUAUAAUAUUGUGCUGUUUAAUCCGUGUGUGGAGUGUAACGGCAAAUCUAACCUUUUCGGGGCUAAAAAUGACCAAUUUAAUCUUAAAUGUCAAAAAUGUUGUGCUGGGAUAAGCAGUGCAGCAGGAGGUUACUUGGUGAGUCGUGUGAGUCGAUUGUGUGAAUGAAUCAUAUGAAUCAUGAGUCAUUUAUCACCCGCUGGGCUGGAUAGAUGAUUCUUCUUCUUGUUGCCAAAUGGCUCCUUAGAGAGUUCGACCAUGUUUACUUCAGAGAAUAUGACUCAGAGAUUAUUGUUCUGGAAAGGCAUGACAGAAUUAGGUAAAGCGAGAAAGGAGAGAGAUAGAAAAAGCUAAAUAUUGAGAAAGAUCACUGGGUCUGAGUCCAGAAACACAAAAAUAAAGUGUAUCUGUCCA